AUGACCACUCUUCGGGUACUGCUGCACGUUGCUGCUCAGCGUGACUACGAGCUACACUCUCUCGACUUAAGCACAGCUUUCUUGCAGGGCAGCCUGCACGAGGAGAUCCGGCUGCGUCGCCCACCUGGCUUCACUGGGUCUUUCCCUCCUGGUACCCAGUGGAGUCUCCGGCGUCCAGUCUACGGUUUCCGCGAGGCGCCACGUGAGUGGCACGACACACUGAGGACUACGCUUGCGGCACUUGGGUUUGCUCCUUCUACUGCCGACCCGUCGCUGUUUCUGCGCACCGACACCUCUCUGCCCCCGUUCUACAUCCUCGUGUACGUCGACGACUUGGUCUUUGCCACAGCUGACACUGCUGGACUUGCCUACUCACACAUGGUGCAGCAGGUCCUUCAGCGCUUCGGCUUCUCGUACUCCUCGCCUCAGGCCACUCCUCUGCCUACUCGCCACUCGCUCUCAGCUCUGCCUUCGGAUGAGUCCGUAGACUCGAGUGGCCCGUAUGCAGAGCUUGUUGGCUGCCUCAUGUACCUGAUGACCUGCACACGACCUGACCUUGCAUACCCUCUCAGCAUUCUCGCACGCUAUGUUGCUCCUGGGAGACACCGACCAGAGCACAUGGCUGCAGCGAAGAGGGUGUUGCGCUACUUGUGCAGUACGUCGGGCAUGGGGCUAGUGCUUGGAGGGCGCAAUCCAGUGGUCCUCACUGGGCACGCGGACGCUUCUUGGGCUGACGACCAGGCUACGCAGCGGUCGUCACAGGGUUACACCUUCGGCCUUGGUUCCGGCUCUGUCUCGUGGCGCGCUACUCGCUCGUCUUCUGUUCUCGGCUCCAGUUGUGAGGCUGAGAUCUACGCCGGGGCUAUGGCUGCUCAGGAGCUUCGCUGGCUCACCUACCUGCUCACCGACCUUGGAGAGCCGCCUCGUUCUCCUCCAGUCCUGUACGUAGACAACAAGGCCAUGCUGGCCUUGUGUUGA